AUGGCACCUCUACGAGUUCGACAUCCCAAGGGAGUAUCUACCAUCCAGGUUCCUCUCGAUCGAGAUGAUUUCACGGUUCAAGGCAGGUCUCAAGUCUCCGAUCCAAAUCCCUGCAGUCCCCCUAACACCCGCGCUCUGGCCCGAUCUACAGAUCUGCAACAAGAAAUAUUGAAAGUGUCCGACAUUCUCCCCAGCAGGCAACUAGUCAAGGGCGGGUAUCCUCCGAGAACAUUGACACUCAUACCCGAGCUUCCUGUGACCAGUCUGGGUCUCGCCUCUGGCGAGCAACUCAUUGUCAGCGAAGAUGCUGGUUCUGGCCCGGCUUCUGUGCCUUCCCGUCCUACAACUUCUCCGUUCUUGAACCCGACCACUACGAACCCAUCUUCGGCUGUCCCUCCACCACCUGCUGUGCGCCGACCAUCGGCACCCAAGGCAGCCGCAUCCGACGCUCCUGAUGCUGUCGAGACCGACGGGUCGUACCUGGUGCAUCGGGUGGUCCCCGACGACAACUCGUGUCUCUUCUCUUCCGUCGCGCUCGUCUUCGAGCAGGACAUCAAGAAGGCGCCCAAGCUGCGCGAGGUGGUCGCCAACGGCAUCCGGAACGACCCCAUGACCUACAGCGAGGCUAUUCUUGGAAUGCCGCCCGACCGGUACAUCGCCAAGAUCCUGCAGCCCAACACGUGGGGCGGCGCCAUCGAACUGGCCAUCCUGGCGUCGCAUUACGGAACUGAGAUCGCGAGCAUCGACGUCGAGACGGGUCGGAUCGACCACUUUACACCCAGCGGGAACGAGCAUCCCGAGAACCGGUGUCUGGUGAUCUACUCCGGAAUCCAUUACGACGCCGCAAGUCUGGCGCCGAUGGUCGAUGCGCCGAGCGACUGGCACCAGACAGUGUUCCCAGCACGAAAUGCGGACAUCAUGGAUGCAGCCAAAAAGCUCGCCAAGAUUCUGAAAGACAAACACAAGUACACGAACACAGCAACGUUUGAUCUCAAGUGUCUGAUCUGUGACAAAGGCCUCAAAGGCGAGAAAGGCGCUCAAGCCCAUGCAUCGGAAACAGGUCACACUCGUUUCGGUGAAUACCAAGCCUGAGUUGUCCGCAUAAGCUCUUCACAGCGCGCCUUCGAUCUCCAUGACGAGCGGACAGUGGUCGGAAGCCCCGUAGAUUUCGCCUCGGAUUUCACACUGCCAGUAGACAUCAGGCCAUGGCUCGUUAAGGAUAAAUGCGAUACCAUACCAUCUUGACCUUACUUGCGAUGCGCUCGCUCAAGACAACUGGGGGAAGACCAUGCAUGGGCUCGGUGCCGAAACUUGGGUGGAACCCACUCACACAUGUCCAGCCUCCAUCCGAUCCCUUUGAGUCGGCAGUUGAACCGAUACGAGAAGUAUGUGUACUGUCUUUCCGUGGGGUGCAACUGCCUCCACACAUCGACGAACGUGGCAGCAUCUGCGACGUCUUCGGGCGGUUCAAUGAAUCGUUUGAACGCAGUCGUCUCCGCUUCCGUAUACCCAGCUGUCUUGUUCCAGUUGGAUUUAGCAUUCGUGAGAUCUGCUUCUGUCGGAGCAACGUUCAGGUCUCCCGUCCAGAUGACAGGCUUCCGCUUGUCGAGAUCCCGCACGUAGGUCUCAAAAUGAGUAUUCCACUCUUUCUUCUGGUCCAAGGUCUGGGGUUUCCAUCGUAAGCUUGGAGAGAACCGACCAAUCCUUAGCGGGACACACGCGCCUUCAAAUCAGAACCUGCGUUCACCGUAUACGUGCCGACCACGAAACAGUUCUCAAACUCCAUCGUCACGAUCCUUCCCUUGACAAGGGUGGGGUCGGGGUGCCCCGGCAGCGUGGAAGUCACGCUCAGAGGCUUGUGCUUGGACAAAAUCGCGGUCCCAGCUAUGUAGCAUGAAGGGGAUUAAAACGCGUCGCACGCGUCUGCAAUGGCUCACAGUAGGUUUUCUUGGCAGAGAUAGACCAAUGCCAAUAAGGGAAACGCGCUUUGAGCGCUAGAUCCAUGCUCGGUUCGUCAUUGACCUGUCGGAUGUCACACAAUGCCCAGCGCGCGCUGCGAGCAGGGGCCGCCGCACCUUCGUCUCCGUGAGCACCAAGACAUCCGGGUCCUCCGCGUCGAUGUAUCUCUGGAACCCCUUCUUCCGACUCGCUGCCAGUCCACAUACGUUCCAUGUCGCCAGUCUAAGAGUGCCGGGAUGCGUUCUGCCAUCACCGUACGCGUGGUUCAUGAGAUGUCCCACCCUGCCACGCUCACAUACCUGGGAAGACGAUGGUGUCAGGCACUACUUUGUUCGUCGGCUGAGAGCUUCCGGCCGAGGCAGACGGAACGGCUUCGGCUACCCUUGCUUUCUUCGACGUUUUGAGCGAUUCGUCAGCCGAGUCAGCCGAUUCUUCCGCCUUCCUUUUGCUUCUGCUACUGCUGCUGGUCGCUGCGCGUCUUGGUGGCAUCGUCCCUCUGGGCCAGUGCACGGUGCGUGCGAGUUGGCGGAGGCCAAAGAUUAGAGGCGACAUCACGCGCAAGUCACGUGCCUUGAACAUUGUUGUAACAAGGACCUACAGAAUUUACCCUUGAGCCUCGUGUUAACCUUUCACUUCUUCCGCCCCUGGACCGUUCCUUGGCUUCUUAUCUCAUAUUUCGUCCAGGCCAUCCAUCGAACUCAUUUAUUACUGAGAAUGCCCUCACGCUGCGUGGGUUUUCUGCCUGGAUCGAGGUGGACGGAGAGCCGGCACACCAGUUCCUGGAAGCCACGGAUAUAGUCAACUCAAAAGUGUCGUGCUGGAUUGCGGGGGAUUCUGGACAGAAGUUCACGGUGCAUUGGAAGGACCAUGGUGGGAAGGUGGACAGCUGCGCCUUCAUCACCCUCGACGGAUUGGUUGUCCCCGGACGGUUCCUGUUUGGACAAGGCGAGGCCUCGAGGGCGGAGUGCGGUCUGGACCGGCGUCGGAAAGGCCUUUCACUUUCAGCACAAUCGCACAAGACACUGGUGCCGACCAACCAAACAACAAAGAUGCCGGGAUGAUCGUCGUGCGCAUCAAGCGGGUCGACGGGUGUUCGCCCAGCAGACCUGCUAACCGAUUCAAUCGCUGCCGCCGACUGUGCUGGGUAAAAAGAAAAGGCGGGAGAACUGAGAAACUAGAGUUCGGAGACGAGCAAGAAACAUUCCAACAGUACGGGACGACAUGGGUCACCAAGC